UCAUAAUAUUUAUUAGAUAAUUAAGAAAUAAAAAAAUGAUGUGCCUAAUAGUAACAUGUUGUGCUUUAAUUAUUGGCUUCGAAGGGGGCAGUAAUGCAGCACUGGUGAACAGCGCGAACAGUCCUGUUCAGGGAUAUGAUGACGGUGCAGAACAAUCGUCCGCACAACCUGUGAUUCGCCAUCGGGCAGCAUAUGAACACGCUGCUGAUGCGGCAUUAUGCAGCGAAUCAGAUAGCACGGAGACAUCCGGAUGGCAGCGGGCUGACCAGCCGCGCGACCGUCGCAUGAUUGACACAUCCUACAGCCGGCAUAUGUUCGCAGUGCUACCGGAUUUGCGACCCUUGGUCAACUUCACCGGCACUCUGGGCAUGUAUGAAAUUUUCUUACUGGACAUCCAGGAGGAAAUCAGUUUUAUGCGCCGUCCCACACCAGAGUCAGUGGAGCAACAACUCAACGAUAUGUGGAAACCCCAAAUAGAAAGCGCCAAUUAUUCUACAUCGGCCGUACGUGUCGUUAUUACGGACUGGGUGGAGCACUACUGGUUUUCAGCAUCUGGGCAGCCACUUAUCUCGGUAGUCUUUGCCCUGGCCCUGGACGACAGCGUUCUGAACCGUACAAGCAACGGUACCAAGAUGCUACCGGCGAUUGUACCACUCAGCCUGGAAGAGAUGCAAGAUUACUUGGAAAAAGCAGCUGCUGCUGCCGGAGUCAACCAAUACUCACCCGACCGUGGUUGGUCAGCCUAUACGAGUCUGUCGUACAUUGGACCGGUAUUCCACGGCUACACGCUGGCUAUCCGCAAUGUUUCCGCGUUGAUGCAGGUUCACAAAAUUAUGUCUCCCGUCGAGGCUCCAGCGCUCCUACGGGAUUAUUUGCUGGGUUUUCUGAAUUCUUCACAAUGCGCAUCAUCUGGAGACAACGGAACGAGCACCGACCAAAUCGAUAUUAAGUUCGGUUAUCCGUACAUGGCGAUAGUGCACGAUCAGCCGGCAUACAGAUUAUACCGCUUAUACAAUAAUGACCUGGCUGUCGCCUUCAUAAUUACUGUCAACAACAAAGCCUAUCAGGGUCCCUAUCCCUUCACGAAGAUUAAGGAAAACGGAUUAACCGGGGUCAAACUGAUGUUUUUGCAUGGCGACCGCUACCGGAUUGAUCCCUAUUCAACGUUUUAUCCGCUUAAUUUCAUGAUGCCAGAGUUCGUCACGCCGCGCUAUUGGGUCGCCGUUGCUAAACUCGCAGAACGGGCACUUCAGCAGAAAUUAAAAGAAAGUAAUACCACCGCAUCGGUAGCCAAUGAAAUCACAUUUACGGUCAGCGCUCUCAUGGUUUCCGCGCCUCCGGAUGCCGGUGAAAUGGUGCUGUCGGUGCAUGUGACCACUUCCACCCCUCCCGGUGCUUUCCUAAUGAAUGCCGCUCUGCCUUUAUUCGAACGCAUCCAACAAAUAAUCUCCGGACUGCGCCGUGAUAUCCUAUACGCCUCAUAUCAAGAUUUGCUCUCUCUGGAAAGCGGCAAUCUCUGUACACCUACAACGAGAUGCGGAACCUGAGCACCUGUCGCCAUAUUGAUUUUUAUUCCUGCCCUAACACGAGCCGCACCAUGGUUGUGAACGUGGUGCCGGCCGGCAGCGAUGCUUUCGCCAUUACAAAAGGAGUUUGCUCUAACAAUUACCAAAGGCAGAAUAUAAUGAACACAGUCAUAAAAGCCUUCAACACAAUCAACACCGUUAUCAUCGACGACGCCAUCCUUAAUGUGACGUUGAAAUCGUGCACUGAUGGACUUCUUACUAGCAAAAUGACGGAAGCUGUCCGACUGGAACUGGGACUUUUUCUACUGGAGCCUAGAUUGUCUUGGAACAAUUUCGAAAUACCUACUGCUGAUGAACUGAACGCGGCCAUGGCUAGCAGUAACGGAUUCAGAAUGACACUGGACCCGAUAAUCGACACAAGAAACUACAUGUAUUAUGCUAAUGCGAGCGAUACUCACAGUUAAACUGUUAAAAAGACUGUUAAAAGACUGUUAAAAAGCUAAAAAUAUUUUCGGGGUGAUCAAGCAUUCUUGUUUUGAGCCGAGGGC